AUGCCUACCACCGUGGUCGCUGACGCCACCACAUCGCUCGACGGCACUGCGCUCGCUGCCGCCUCCUCGUCCAAAUACAAGCCCACCACCGUCGACGAGGGUGCCACACCGUUCCAGUUCGACCUCGGUCUGCUCACCUCGAUCAACCCGAACCCGGUCAGCUCUACGUCUGCCGACGCUCUCCGCGCGCGUGCUCGGGAUGGUGUGCAGUCGCUGAUCAACCGGAUCUUUGUGCUGCCCGUGACGCGCGAUGCCGAGUACGGUCCGCUGGCAGCGCUGCCGGCGUUUGCAUCGCGUCUGCCGCGCGAGAAGAGCAUGCCCAAGCCCAAGCCGCUGACCAAGUGGGAGAAGUUCGCCAAGCAGAAGGGCAUCCAAUCGCGCAAGAAGGACAAGAUGAUCUACGACGAGGCCACCGGCGAGUGGGUGCCGCGCUGGGGCUACAAGGGUGCCAACAAGGACCUCGAGGAGCAGUGGAUCCACGAACUCAAGAACAACGGCAACACCGACCUCGACCCGGCCAAGACGGCCAAGAAGGAUCGCCUCGCCAAGCAGGCCAAGAACGAGUCGCAGCACCAGAAGAACGUUGCUCGUGCUGCUGCCGCUUCGGCCUCCGCCACCGCCUCUUCUUCCAAGGGUGGCCUGGGCGAUGCGAAUGCCGCCAAGCUCGCAAGGGCCGCACAGCGCGAGCGACGCAAGGCGGAACUUGAGGCGGAUGUGCUCAGGUCGCGUGCAAGCACCGCGUCCAUGGGAAGGUUCGACAAGACGCUCAAGGGCGAGUCGAAAGCCAAGGGGAUCAAGCGCAAGUUCGAUGCCAACGAAAAGGACGCCGCGGCGGAACGCGAGAACAACCUCGCGCUGCUCAACAAGCUCGGCACGUCGAGCAUGCGCAAGCGCGCGAAUGCACCCGGUCAGGGCGACGCCCAGCUGGUCAACUCGCGCAAGGCCGUGCACUUUGCCACCAACGGCCACGGCGUCACCAGCAUGGCCAAAGCCGACAAGCGUCGUCCGCGCAAGUAA